GAAAUAGAAAUAAUUCGAUAUCGAUGUUCAACUUGAACCUUGCGUAACGUUCUUUCGAACGAGCGGAUGCACAAAUUUCUCUUAAACGAAAGUUCUUUGUGCCAUAAUUAGUACGUGUAUAGUAUAUGAUGACUAGCUCACGAUCGGGCUUCCAAUUGUUACUUUGCAUUUUUCUUUUUCACAUUAAUUUUAUCCGUCAAUAUAUAUAUAGAUCAAUAUUAAAUAGCAUGUAUGUAAAUAGAAAAUGAUCGACGGUAAAACGAUUGGUCGGUUCGUCGUAAUGUGCAUCGCGUGCAAGAGGAUACAAUAUGCUGGAAGAUCGUCUGCAGAAAAAGAAAUAUUGUCGAACAUAUUAAUAACUAUAUUACUAUUACUAUUGUCAUCUUCAUGACUAGAAACAAAUUUCAUAUUCAAUUGCAUAAGAAACGACAAUUAUUAUACAAUGUUUCGAUAUGUAUAAAAUGAAAAUUGUAUUAUUUAUUCGAUCGCGAAAUUUAAAUUAACGUUGACCCCAACGGUAUAUUGGGAAGAGUGAAAAAAAAAGAAAUAAAGAAAGAAAGAAUAAGAAUAGAAGGGAAAGGUAAAAGAAUAUCGAGCGAAAGGAAAGACAAACUAGGUCCUGGUCGAUAGCGUGGGAGUAAAAUAUGUAUUAAAAAGAGGUUCCGUAGGUUGAGAAUCACUGGUACGCUCGGUACCUGCAGGUACGAAUGUGCAGCAUGCACCUGUGUGCCAAGAUAGGCGGCAUGUAUAUGCACUUGCGUGGCUCGGUAAGAGAAAUCAGUGCGCAUGCGCGACCGUUCGUAGCCACUCGCGCACCUCCGGUUUCGUUCGGUCGUUUCGCUCGCUUUCGCGCUAAGACUCGCGCCGCGUUCGGUCGUCACUCGUCAUUUCUCUCUCUCGUCCAGUUUUAUCCGUAGUAUAUUAUUCAUUCUCUUCAAAAAAUAAUAAUAAUAAUAAUAAUAGUAGUAAUUUACAUUGUGCGAUAUCUAUUACGAAAUAACUAAACAUCUUACAACUUGCUAAUUCGAGAAUAAAUCUCGUUUGUUCGUAAGUCGUGACACCGCAGAAGUAUAUAUACAUUUUAUACAAGUAAAACUGGAAUAUAAUAUAAUCUAGCAUUAUAUUCCAACUACUACUACUACUACUACUACUCUCUCUUCUUCAUCCUUGGCUUGCAUCUUCUGAAUCACCAUAAAUAUAUAUAUACGUAUAUAUUCGUCGUUAAUUCAAGGUGGGGAAUAUCGUGAUUGGAGAAACGAAGGAUGGUAAGCUCCCGUUCAUCAUCUACGGCUAUCGACGAUAAGAACGAAGAUAAUAAAAGGAAAGAAGAAGAAGAAGAAUUAAAGGGUCAAGAAGAGGAGGAAGUUAUCAACAGUACCAUUAUCAACAACAACAACAACGAUAGUAACAACGUUGAUUCAAUACCUUCGUUGUCCACCGUCGAGGUGUUAGAUUUAGUUGGCGAAUCAACAGGCAACGCCAUCUUGUCGGGAAAGAAAGGAAACGUUAGAAGAAGCGUUGCCGAAGGUGAGGGAGGAGGAGGAGGAGGUGGUGGAGGAGAAAAAAGGACGAGUGUUGGUGCCGGCGUCGACAAGGAGGAGGACGACGACGUCGUCGAAUGGGGCCGACGACGAAGCAACAACGACGGGCUACCACCUUCGUCGGUUUCGAUGUCGUUAGACCUGCAGAAUCAUCCGGUCGGUAGCGCCAGUCCGCAAAACGAUUCCGGAGAUUAUUCGAAUAUCGAUACUGGUUGUGUUGGUAGUGGUAUUGCUACUGGUACUGCUAAUAUUUCUGAUCCAUGUGGUCGUCCACUUACUACUACAACAACAACAACAACAACCGAAACCAAUAACAACGCUCUAUCAUCAUCAUCCAUUACCAAUAUCAAACUGAUUGGUAAUAAUCGAGAAGAAGAAGAAAGUUACGAAGGAUUUGGAUUUGGAUCCGAUUUUGGAUCCAGUUCUGGUUUCGGUUCUGUCGAAGUUGACGCCGACGGUGAACCCGAGGACGGCCGAGACGACGCCGAUUCACCUGGUGGCAGCAGUUCAGCACCCUCUCCUACUGGUAGCAACCCUUUCAGCAGAAAUCCGAGAAGUCCGAAUUCGACCAUAGGAAGGCAUUCCUGGCUUCGAACAUCCCUCAGACGAACACCCCCAUGUUCCGGGAGGAAACGGAUCAGUUCAAAUGCAUUAGCAAGUCAGCUUUAUCGCAGCGGUAGCUUCAAUAGUUCAGGAAGAGGCUCAAACUGUGACAAUACUGACGAUAUGUACAGCGAUGUAUCUCUUGAAGAAGACUUUAUAGAUCUCAAUCAUAGGGUCCAAAUGAUUCAAGAGCAAAUGCACGCAUUAGCCGAUACCCAAUCGGUCGGCGAAGAAAGAUAUGCAAGAGUUAAACAAGAAAAUGGAAACUUACAAGCUAGAAUAUUGAUUUUAGAAGAAGCUGCGAAAGAUGCUGAAACUAGAGCAGAAGAACGAUUGCAGGCGGAACAAAGAAGGCAUAGAGAAUUGGUCAGUCGUUUGGAAAGAGAAAGACAAUUACAGUUAGAAAAUUGUGCUAUUAAAUUACAAGCAAUUGAUUUAGAAAGUUCUAAUUUAAGGGAUGAAAUAGGAAGAUUAAGAGAACAACUUGAAAGAGUUAAGAACGACAAAGCUAGGCUUGAGAUAGAACUUAAGGAUUCUCAAAGUGAAAUAAAUACUGCCAGAGAAAAUGAAAGGCAAGCAGUUGCUAGAGCCAAUGAAGCUCAUCAUAUGCUUCAAGUGGCUAAAGAAGAACUUAUUAUUAGAGCCGAUAAUCAACAGAGACUCGAAGAACUUGAACAACAGGUGGUUCAUCUUCAAGCACGUAACAAAAGUUUGGAAGAAGCACGAGACGAGUUGCAAGCAGCUGCUGCUGUACAAGCAGGUCGAGAACUUUUAAUGUUAAAUCCUUGUAGUAAUGGAACCGAGAAAGGACCUAGUCUAGCAGCCGAAUUAUUGGCUGGUAUGAGUCAGGAUCAGAUGGAUGGUCAUCCUAUUGACGAAUAUGAAUCGCCAUAUAGUAUUUCGGAACUGAAACAGGCUUUAAAAGAACAACAGGAAGUGAACGCUCAAUUAAGAGCAUAUAUCGAUGGGAUUUUAUUAAAUAUCGUUGAAAAUUAUCCGCAAUUGCUUGAAGUCAAACAAGCGCACUAAACUGUGGAUCAUCAUUUUGUUUUGAUGGAAUGAUUAGAAAAUUUUGAAAUAAUCUUUCAAAAUUGAGAAGGCAUAUUGUACAUUAAAUUUCUUUAUUGAAAUCAACUAUUUAUACAUUUAUAUAUAUAUAUAUAAAUUAUUCUAUUGAUAGUUGUAUACAUGUAUACGUCUCAAGUUUUUCGAGUUAAAAUGGUAGUAAAUUGUUCUGCGAAUUUAUUCGUAAAACAUUUUGCUCAAAUUUGGCAUAGAAUAAAACCUGUGAUAUCGCGUACAUGUGUAUUAUUCUCAUAUUAAAAUUAAUUCGGGAAAUAUAAUUUCCGUCCAGAUAAAUUUAAAUGAAACUCCAGAAAUCUCCAGAUAUGAUGAAAGCGUGAAAUUGAAAAUUUUUUUUUUUUUAAAUUUAUCUUCGUUCGUUAAUCUUAUUAUCUAUUUUUUAUUAUAUAAUGGUAAGAAAGAGAAAAAGAGCACGGUUAAAUAAGUCAUAAGUGUGGUAUUAUUAUUGUUAAUUAUUUGAAACAAUGAAUCUGUAUAUUUAUAUUAAGAAAGUAC